GACCAUGAAACGGCCACAAAUUAUUCACAGCAAAAUCCCGGCACUAACCUCUUGUUGAAACAAACUCUCUUAUCUUAUCUGUAUCUUUGUUCUCAUCCUAAUCAACCUCUCCUUCCUCGAAAACUUCCUUUCAAUUUCCUUGGGUUUCUUCUAGAUCGCAUCCUCCUUCUUCGUUUCCCUGCCGCGUGUAUAUAUAUGACCUCCAACCUGGUCAUCUUUCCAUAAAAUAUAUCCGAAGCAAACGUAGACUCCCGCACAAAUUUUAAAAGUUGUUUGAUAUUUAGUCAAGUACGUACGUAGUUCCUAAGCUCUCAAUCAAACUUGGUUAAUUAUCAUCAAUGGCGUCACGCAGUGGGGUUGUUUUCGAAGACUUCUUUCCCGCCAUGGUCGAGAAGUUGGGUGCUGAAGGAUUCAUGAAGGAGUUGUGCAAUGGGUUUCGCUUGUUGACGGAUGGAGACAAGGGUAAGAUCACGUUCGAGAGCUUGAAGAAGAACGCGGCUUUGCUGGGAUUGCAAGGUAUGAGUGAUGAGGAGGUAAUGUGCAUGCUUAGAGAAGGAGAUUUGGAUGGGGAUGGAGCUUUGAAUGAGAUGGAGUUUUGUACUCUGAUGUUUAGGUUGAGCCCUGAGUUGAUGGAAAGUUCAAAAGAAUUGUUGGAGGAAGCCAUUGUUAGUGAAUAUUAGUUAGUUUCCUUUCCUUUCCUUUCCUUUCCUUGCAAUCCAAACCCCCCCACCCCACAAGAGAGAAAGAGAGAGAGCUUUGUUCCUGUCCUUUACUUGGGGAUUAAUCUUCUCUGUU